AUGGUUGUAAAAGUAAUUAGUGACAAAAUUGUUCAACAUAAUACAGAGAGCUCUAUUUGGAUCGUAGUCCAUGAUAAAGUCUUUGACGUUACGAAUUUUCUCAAUGAACAUCCUGGCGGGGUAAAAGUUUUAAUGAAAAUGGCUGGUACAGAUGCCACAAAACAAUUUGAUGAUUUCCAUACCUUGGGCACACUAGAAAAAUAUUCUUCUAAAUUAUUUAUUGGUAAAAUCGGCUCUGGGCAAAUUGAAGAAGUAAAUCAAGAAGCACCGUCAGGUGAAGGAUCAUUUGGUGAUCUCGUACCGUUUGGUGAUCCAUAUUGGUAUCAAGAUUUUUAUAGUCCGUAUUAUAAUGAUUCUCAUCGUCGUGUACGAGCUGCUGUGAGAAAAUUCGUCGAGGUUGAAAUUAUGCCUUACGCUCAUGAAUGGGAUGAAGCUAAAAAAAUUCCUAAAGAAUUAUUUGUAAAAGCUGCCAAAGCAGGUAUUGUGACUGGUUUUGUAGGAGCUCCAUGGCCAAAAGAAAUUUCCAUUCAAAUAUGGUGUUAG